AUGGCCUUUGUAAUGCUAAAUGAACUUCUGAUUAAGGACUCAAGCCCACCUGUUCUGCUUUACCAGGUUAGCAAGACUCCUCAACUAGAUGUCUUCAACUAUUAGAGCUACUUUAUGAAAGAUCUCUUUGUCCAUUUCCCUGAGGUCUUAUUUAUACACUGGACCUGUAACCCAAGAGGCAAGGUGUUGUACACCUUCCUGGUGGAUGGACCUCUGGUACAUCUGGAGGGUCCUCUUGCCCGAGUGGUCUACUUCGCCAUCCCUGCUAAUGAGGAUGCUGGAGGCCUGGCCCAGAUGUUGCAGAUGUUCAAGAAGUUUAACCCAGCAUGGGAGAGAGUUUCUACCAUCCUGGUGGAUCCUCACUUCCUCCUGCUGUCCACCCUGGCCGUGGAGUUCCCGUCAGCUGAGAUCUUGCUCUCAGCCUUCCACAUCUGUAAGUUCCUCCAGGGCAAGUUCUAUCAGCUCUCACUGGAGCCAUCUGUGGAAAGCAUGCUCCUCUCCAACCUGCAGAGCACCAUGUGCUCUGCCACAGCAGACAACCUGAGGAAACUGUACACACUCAUGAGCACCUGUGUCCAAAGCCAGCUGCCUGAGCUCCACCCACACUGGCUGCUCAAUGACCGCAUCUGGCUGGCCCACCAUUGGAGAAGCCCAGCCCAGAGCACCAGCUAUUUCCAGAACCUCGAGGUCACCACCCGCAUCAUCAGUCAAUUUUUUGGCACCACCCCAUUAGAGAAACAAGGUAUGACCUCUCUGUUCAAAUACAUGCAACAGAACCCUGCAGACAUAGCAAGCUUCAGCCUGGGUCUGAAGCCCCACAAUAAUCCCUCAGAUACCAGCCCCGAAAGCCCCAAAGUAGAGCAUUUGGUAGAAGCUCGUAUCCAGCCCUCCCUUAAAGCCAUCUGCAUGGAGCCAGCUGCCCAGCUCUGUCUGGGUGAGCUUGCUGUGGUCCAGAAAUCCGUGUACCUCAUCGGCUCUGGCUCAAAAAAGAUGAACAUCCAGAUUUUGGAGGACACACACAAGGUACAGCCCCAUUCCCCUGCCAGCUGCAGUUGCUACUUUAACCAGCAUCCUGGGUAG